GGUCUCUUUUUGCGUUUGUUUGUUUUUUGCCGCUCGUUUCUGUUUUUGUUUUGCUUUCGCUUCGUAUGAGUAGUUCAAGGGAACCAAACGAUCUCUCAGCACCUCUUCUCCAGGCAGGUGGUCACACACCCCUCACGCACACACACACACACAAAGCGCAUGCUCGUACGGCGCCCUUGUUUCUUUUUUUAGGUGACAAUAUUUACGUUCAAGUGUCUAGAUAUCUAUAUAUCUAUCUAUAUAUAUAUAUUGUCUGCAACGUAGCAGCACGUGUUCAACGCGACGCACGAUGGUGAAAAUAGAUUUCCUGGACAACUUCCGCGGCGACAACGUGCUGCAAUGGAUGUCAGACCACCUAGAGAUCCCCGUGCUGGUGGUGGGGAUGUACAUGGUGCUGGUGCUCUACAUCCCUGACGCGUACAUGAAGGACCGGGAGGCCUUCGAUCUGCGUCAGCUGAACAAAGUGUGGAACCUGCUGCUGACGGUCUUCUCCAUGGCCGGCGCCUACUACUGCCUCCCGCAGCUGUACCGCACCAUCUUCGUGCCGGAGUUCUACUUGCACGACUACGCCACCGGGGGCGAGAUUCCAUGGAAGGGCGGCGUGUACAACGCCUUCUGCUACUGGAACAACAACGCCUUCUACGACGGCCCUGUCGGCGCGUUUGUCGCCAUGUUCAUCCUGAGCAAGAUUCCUGAGAUGCUCGACACCGCCUUCCUCGUCUUCCAGAAGAAACGCGUUAUCUUUCUGCACUGGUACCACCACGUCACGGUGAUGCUGUACUGCUGGCACGCGUACAUGUACAACAUCUCUGGUGGACUCGUUUUCGCCGGCAUGAACUACGGCGUGCACUCCAUCAUGUACCUCUACUACUUCAUCUGCGCCUGCGGCUACCGCCGUGUCGUGCGCCCCUUUGCCUGGCUCAUCACGUUCCUGCAGAUCGCGCAGAUGGUGGUCGGCAUGUUCACCGAGGUCUACACGCUGUACAUUCUCUACUUCACCGACCGCCGCUGCGACUCGAACGCGACGAACGCGCGGCUUGGGUUCUUGAUGUACCUGACCUACUUCCUUCUCUUCACGAAGCUCUUCUACGAAAGCUACAUGAAGCCGCCUGCGCCGCGCCCUACGGUGUCGGGGAGAGAGAGGAGAGCCGACAAACCCAACGGCGAACUGACCAACGGUGACGCCAACCGGAAGAAGGCUCAGUAA